ACCAAGCUUGAUUCACUCCCCUCCCCUUCUUCAUAAACCCUAGUUUAUGAAAUUUUUAAUUACUCCACAUCACCUCGCCAUUAACUCACAUAUCAUGGCACUGCUCUCCUUCUCUCCCUUAUUAUUUUAUACAAUCGUCGAGUUCAGUGGAACCACUCCUGUGCUAUUUGUCCCUCUCCCUUUCCUUUUUCUCUGAAAUUGUUCCUCGUUCUUUGUAUGUUUGCCCUCUUCCCCUCCGCAUCUAACUUUCAAGCGUUUCUGUUUUCUCCUCCUUUCAUUUUUUAAAUCAUUUCCAACUCCUUUUCGCUUUUUUAAUUCAAUUAAAACAUUUCUCCCCCCUUCCAUCCAUAAACUACUUCUUUGAUGCAACCAUGGCGGGCCUGGAUCUAGGCACCGCCUCUCGUUUCGUUCACCAACUCCAACUCCGCUCUGACCUCCAUCUCCAACACCACAACCCUGAAUCCUCCGAUGAAGAUCAAAAGAACAACGCCGGCGGCGAGAACAGCGGCGGCGAUGGCUCCGCACAGGGCCUCGAAUUAAUCUCUUCAGGAGACAUAGUAGGCCGGCGACCACGAGGCCGUCCCGCCGGUUCAAAAAAUAAACCUAAACCACCAGUCAUCAUCACCCGCGAGAGCGCCAACACUCUCCGAGCCCAUAUUUUAGAGAUCGGCGGAGGAUGCGAUGUCUUCGACUGCGUGGCAUCUUACGCGCGCAAAAGGCAACGCGGCGUCUGCGUGCUGAGUGGGAGCGGAACGGUAACCAACGUCAGUCUCCGGCAACCGUCAUCUUCCGGCUCGGUUGUGACUCUCCACGGCCGCUUCGAGAUCUUAUCCUUAUCCGGUUCCUUUCUUCCACCACCUGCACCACCGGGUGCGACCAGUCUUUCAAUUUUUCUCGCCGGAGGACAAGGGCAGGUGGUGGGAGGAAACGUGGUGGGGGCUUUAUACGCCGCCGGGCCGGUGAUCGUUAUCGCGGCGUCUUUUACGAACGUGGCGUAUGAAAGGCUGCCUCUCGAGGAAGAAGAGCCACCGCAGAUGCAGGGAUCUGCGGCAACCGGUGAAGGUAACGGUGGCGGCGGUGGAAGCCUUGGGAAUCCUUUUCCAGAUCCAGCGGGAUUGUCAUUCUUUAACUUACCGUUAAAUAUGGCGGGGCAGCUACCCGUGGAGGGCGGUCAUGGGCCGUGGGCAGGUAACGGAACGAGCCGGCCGCCGUUUUGAAUUUGAAAAAGGAAAAUGUUGACGGAAGGGUUGAGGAUGAAUCCAUUGCGAUGAGAGGCUGUGAAAAAAGGUAAGCUGUGAAAUUUCAUUAUUUGGGUCUGUGUACCAGUAGUCGCUAGUUCCUGUUAGCGUUACUUCUUCUUCUUCGCCGGCUCUUUUGCUAUUUAAGGUUUACUGUGGUUUAUAAUUCUAUGAUGUCUAUUCGGGGUUUGUUUAAAUUAAUACUUAUGAAAACUGUGGCUUGCAUGUUGUGUUUAGUGG